AUGAAGAUCCAACCGGAUAUUCUAGCUUCGGCACUGCUGGUCGCUUCAUCCCAACUAGCUUGGGCUCAGGCUUCAUGCUCGCCUACUCCGACCUACACCUUUACACCAGAGCAGCUGCGGAAUGCCAACCGUACAUUGUCCAUUGGCUAUGUGGUCUACCCUGGAUACGCGAUCUUGGACGUCUUCGGGCCUUUGCAGUUCCUGGAGGGGCUCUCUUGGCCGUUCAGCAUCAACCUCUCGAUAAUCGCGAAGACGGCCGGCCCAGUGGGCAGCCGGCCCCCGCCCCAUCACACCCCGGAUGGAUCCAUCAUGGACAUGUCUCGCAUGAUCGACGUCCAGCUCAUCGCCACGCACGACUUCCAGACGGCCCCGCCGCUGGAUAUCCUCAUCAUGCCGGGAGGUGUAGGCGAUCUGCAUCUGGUAGAGCAAAACGACACGGCCAUCGAGGACUUCAUCGCCUCCCGUUUCAACACGACCGAGUACGUUCUCUCGGUCUGCUCCGGGGCAGGCUUUCUCGCGCGCGCUGGCGUCCUGGAGGGUCGGCGUGCGACAGGCACCAAGGCGGUCUGGGACUUCGUCACACAGUUUGGCACCAACAUCACAUGGGUUCCGAGCGCGCGUUGGGUGGAAGACGGAAAGGUAUGGACUAGUUCGGGCGUCACGGCGGGCAUGGACAUGAUGGUUGCCUUUGUGAGGCAUCUAUACGGCGAUCCGCGGGUCAACAACUUCGUGAAUAACCUUGAGUACUUGGCUCACGUUGAUCCGCGCUGGGAUCCGUUCUCCGUCCUUCACAAGGUUCCUGGAGCGAAUAUGAGUAUCCCCCUUACCAGCACUGUUAGCCCACUACAGCCAUACCCUGAAGAGGCUUGA